AAACAGAGGGAUGUAAAAAUGACCGAAAACUGUGGAUAAACUUCGCUGCUAAACUGUUUAACAGUGGCACGCAGCGGCAGCUCGGAUAAUUCACAAACGGGAAUCAAACGUAGGUACAGGUUUGACAGACUCGCCGCUCCUCUUCAGCGUUUAGCACGGCAUCCAGGCUGGUAGCUGGCAGCAGGAGUGAUACCGAAGGGAGAGGAAAAUGUCUCGGAGGCGGCUGGACAGUCGCAGCGGACUCUCCGCGGGACUGCUCGGCGAAAUCCAGACCCCGAUCAGCACGGAGCCGAUGGAAAAUGUGUAUGAAAUCACCGGAGAGCUCGGAAGGGGUAAGUUUGCAGUGGUCAAGCGCUGUGUGGAGAAGGCCUCAGGGAAAGUGUUUGCUGCUAAGUUCCUACGGAAAAGGAGGAGAGGUCGGGACUGCCGGGCUGAAGUCAUUCACGAGAUGGCCGUCCUGGAGAUGGCCCGUAACAACGCCCGGGUGGUCAACCUGCACGCUGCUUACGAGACAGAUCACGACAUCGUCUUAGUGCUGGAAUAUGCGGCAGGUGGAGAGAUAUUUGACCACUGUGUGUCUGAGGAGCUGCUGCCAGAGGCACAGAUCACCCGCCUGAUGAGGCAAACACUGGAGGGAAUCCACUACCUCCACCAGAGCAACCUGGUGCACUUAGACCUCAAGCCACAGAAUAUUCUCCUGACCAGCCUGUCUCCCCCAGGAGACAUAAAGAUCGUGGACUUUGGCCUGGCACGUAGGCUGGGUGCGGUCGGAGAGCUCCGAGAGAUCCUUGGCACACCUGAAUAUGUGGCUCCAGAGAUCCUGAAUUAUGAACCAAUCACAACAGCGACUGACCUAUGGAGUGUUGGUGUUAUAACCUACAUGCUGGUGACGGGUGAGUCUCCGUUUGCCGGGGACGACAAGCAGGAGACGUAUCUGAACGUGUCCCAGGCCAACGUGGACUACAGCAGGGAGGCCUUCUCCAGGGUCUCUGAGCUGGCAGUGGACUUCAUCCGAAAGCUGCUGGUCAAAGCACCAGAGGACCGGCCCAGCGCUGCUGAGUGUAUGAGCCACCCAUGGCUGUGGCAGCAGCAGCUCUGUCUGAGCCCCGACCCCACUACCCCCCGCACCGUCCGCGAAAGGAGCUGCGGCACCAAGUGGGCGGCCCCACCCGAGGACCCCGAAGACAAGGAGAACUUCCUGGAGUCCCCGCACUCCCUUGCAAAAAAGUUUCGCUUCGACGAGGAAACAUUCGCCCCUGGAGAAGGUGACUUUUGAAAACGUGAGAGGAAAAAGGGGAGGAAUUGUAGGCAGUGGUGUUCUCUGAGUUUUUAAAUUCUUUUAAACCUCCACAAAACCAGCUGUCUGCUGCCCGCCACUCAAGAGUAGUUAGGUCGUGUUUAUGUUCCACUAAUUUGCAAAAAUUCCAAGAUCGACCACUCAAACCAAAGAUAACCAGAUAACCAAAUCUAUCACUGAUCCACUGCUGUUUAAAAAAAGAAAGUGUGAAAAAUGUACGUCUCAAUUAAUGCGUUGUGUUUAACCUGAAGUAUUUAAUUCCUCUCACUGUUCAGAUCUUGGGUAUUUCCAGGGGCAGCGUGAAUCUGCUUUUUGUUGAGUGUUUUGUUGUCCCCGUCCUGAUGAAGGCUAGUGCGGAGUAUUUCUUUCUAUGCAAUACUUCUCUCGUAUAUUUUAAAUCUCUGCUCAAGAAACCUUCAAGAAGUUAACAGCACUCUGCCUUAAGGUGGGAAGUGAAGUGUUCUUGUCGCCAGCCCCAGUUUACUGUUUGCCCAGGAGUCCACCUGCUCUGUUCACACACCGGCUCAGCUGGACAUUACGCAGACUCUGCACUAAGUCCAUUUGAUGUCCGGUUCAGCUGAUGCUGACGUUAGUGUUCACGCGUACAGCUCCUCCGGUUAAACAUCUCGAAGAGUUCAGGGUUGCAGUGCAUGUGUGAAAGCAGCUUAUUACUUGCAUUCGUCCUGCAGCAGAAAUGUGUGAUAGCGAGAUGCGCAGUGAGGAAGUGCGAUAAUAUCCUCAUUUGCAUGUAGAAGAGAACUGGGUGGGGGGCGCAGCUGAACAGCAGCAAGAUGGGAAACCACGCUAAUGCAACCCGGCUGCUGUGCUGUGUGUCUGGGUGCGUUGAUGCAACACGUUGCUGUCCCUUUCUCAGCUUUGCCUCUUACUGUCUGCAGCGUUGCUGUAUCUCAUGUCUGAGCAGCAGCAGGACGGGAUCACACACAAGCACGUCACAUUCCUUCUGUGUUUUGUCUUGUCCCACGUGUCAAACUGUCGUUUUCUCUGUGUCUGCUAUAGAUUGAGGGUUUAAAUCUAGCUCAGGUUUUUAGAUAAAACUCAUUUUAAUAACUUGAACCAUAGAGUCGUCCCCCUCCACCGGACUGAAAGGCCUUCAGCUCCACAUUUACUGUUUAUCUUGUAUUUGGGCUUUUAAAAAAAAAAAAAAACUUUCUGGAAGAAACUGUUUUGACAGGAAGGUUUAAA